CACCAACGCCGCGCCGACGACCGAGCCCGCGUAGUCGCUCUCUCUCCGUCUCUGCCGCAUCUGUGCGCGCCGUCUCUUCUCUCCCUUCGAGUUAUUUUCUGUCGGCCCUGUUCCGCGGGGCACAAGGAAAUUUUUAGCCUAUUUUACCUCUCCUACACACCGACACCGUCUUACACACGCGUACGCACCAUCUAACCCGUACACGCUCACACGCGCUAGCGCCCGCGAUAAUAUUAUUAGUAUCGUGUCUGGCGGAAAAAAAUAUUAUAAAAAACACGGCAGUAUUGCGCGCGAGCGUCCGUUUAUUAUUUUUUUUUAAUGUGUUUGUUAAUCGUUGACGCCUUUGUUUUAAACGUGUGUUGUAUUGUUAUCUAGUUGUAAAAUUUGUGUUUCUAUAUCACCGCCGUCCGUUGUGCGCAAACCGCUGGCGGUCGAAUUGUUCUUGUUCACCCGGACUUUGUGCAAUCACCGCGGCCCCACGACGGCUACGGACCAGGCGGCCACCACCAAAGUCCAACACCAUUAGCUCGGCGACGACCAACAAGGCGGCCACCACAACGGCGACCAGGGCCAGCGGCAUCGCGCCAUCCUCGUACCUAUAACAGACAUCGUACGCCACAGACGGACGCCAUGAUUUGCAUGAACACGCACGGCGUCAUCGCCCUGUUGUGCGCCCUAUUCGCUUUUGUACCCUCGCUGAUUGUGGCCGACGAGCCGAGUUACGAGGGUAACAAUACUGUAAAAGAAGGCAGCCCGUUUAAGAUAACUUGUCGUGUGUCAGCGUUUCAAUUUAUAAAAUGGCAAAAGGAUAGCCAUAACCUAUCUGACGAACACUACAAUAUCAGCACCGACAAAACCGGCGACAAUAUGUUUGUGUCCACAAUUUCGGUCAAUUCUGCUGCCUCGUUACACUCGGGCUCGUAUCGAUGCACAACACAGUACAACAAUGUUCAUGUAUUGGAAGUGGUUACCGGAGCUGAUGUGAUUAUAAGAGCAAACUACGACUUUGGAGAUGCUUAUAAAGCCGGAGAAUACAAACAACCACUUACCUUGUCGUGUACGUACGAAGGACCACAAGACUCUAAGUAUUAUUGGAAAUGGUAUAAAGGAGACAAGCAGAUAGUAACCGAUGACGCGGACAACACACACCAUGUCACAGUCUCAGGAAAUACCGUAGAAAUUAAACGUUUCAAUGAAAACGAUGCCGGCGAGUAUACGUGCAAGUUAUUCAAUUCCGUCAACGGACCUCCUGUUGGCACAAAGCCGUUCAAAGUUGUCUUAAAACCCUACUACAAACUGCCAAAAACAGCUACGUUCAUCGAAGGAGAAAAAGUGGAAUUAGAAUGCAUAGUGUAUGGCGUGCCCACUCCUGAUGUUAGUUGGAAAUUCGAAAACACUACCCUUGUGCCUUCUCCACAUGUACAAUUUGCUCCGAACAAGAAGAAUAUAACUAAUGGCAUUUUGAUUUUAAAAUCGAUUACCAUGAACGACAGAGGUAAUUUCUAUUGCGGCGGAAAAAGUUCUGUCAUUGCCGAACACGUGAGCUCUUCAGCGUUGUAUGUACGCAUUAAAGAUAGGAUGGCUGCGUUAUGGCCUUUCUUAGGAAUAUGCGCUGAAGUCAUCAUACUGUGUUUGAUCAUAUUUAUUUACGAAAAGAAACGUAACAAGGCUGAAUUCGAGGAAAGUGACACCGAUCAAGGACCAGAGACAAACAAUGCAACAGAUCACAGUGGCAGCGGUGGUGACGUAAGACACCGGAAAUAACUCAACAAUUUAACGAAUAAUGCCAGAUAUUACAUAAAUGGUCAAAACCAUUACGAAACAAUAUAACAAAAAAUAUACUUACUGCUUAAUACAUUUUUUAUUCCAAGUAUAUAAAAAAAUUAAUUAAAAGACGUUCCUACACGAUGCUAGGAAAAAUUUUGUUCAAUUACAGUAAUAUUGUAGCUGUAUCGUGUUAAAAUAUUUAGGCGACAUAUUGUGCAUAAAAAUUGUUCUCCAUGUCGUAUUGUUUUUUUUUUUUUUUUUCAUUUAAUUAAUUAAUUUAACAAUUUUUUUUUCUCAUUACCAAAUGUAAUAUGUAUUUUUAUUUUACAUAAAAUACUGGUAUGCAUCAUCCAUGUCUGUUAAUCUAUAUAAUAUGUAGUAAGUUGUUAACGCAUAUUAAGCGUUCCCCGCCUAACUUGUUCAAGUUUGAGUUCUUUGUGCUUUUAACAAAGUAAAAAAAAUAAUAUUGCAUUUAAUGCUCAAUAAGUGUUUUAUUCCUCAGAUUAAUAAUAUAUUAUUAAAGUAUUUAUAUAUUCUAUUGUUUAACUAAAAUUAAACUACUUUAAUUCUGGUCAUAGAUUUAUUUUCUAGGUGUAGCUUAUGAAUCAAUAAGCGAAAAAUGUUAUCUGAAAUUUUUUUUUUAUACAUUUAACGUAAGUUACUUACGCAUAGCUUAGUAUAUUUUAUAGAAUAUUUAUUACACGCUGAAUUUCAUUUCUAACAAUUUCACUUUUUAAUCUUAUUUUCAAUAAUAAAUUACUUCCUCUGCCCCAGCAAUAUAUAUUUAUUAUUAUUAUUCUACUUAUAAGUGGUUUUAUUUUAUUUAUAAUAUUAGAAUAUUAUUAAGGGUGCUUGUCAAGUUGAUGAUUGCCCAGUUGGAAAUUUAUUAUUAGCAAUAAGCAUAAAUUAAGUUAUAUAAAACGUAUAACAUUACGGUAUUAUACAAAUUAUGUUUAUUAUUAUGUAAUAUAUAUAUAUAUAAUGUCACUGCUUGUUGUUAAAUUGUUGUAAUGAAAUUAAGAAAAUUUCUUCAAAAAAAAAAUUAUUUUAAGCCUAAUUUAGAUGUAGUGACAUUACAAUCAAUUUUUUGACACCAGAAGAUGAUUAAAAAUGAAAAAAAAAAUUAUAUUUCAUUUCUUAUUGUGGUGUAUGAAACCAUCUUAUUUGUUACUCGUAAGAUCUUUUUAUUAUUUAUUCAGUGUUAUAUUUGUAGAAUUUGUUAAUAUUAAAAAAAAAAAUUGUUAGCAUUAAACCAUUAAUUUCUUAGUUAAAUCAAUUGAUUAUUUUCACCCAUCUAAUAUUGUUGUAUUAUUGGUAAUUAUUUUAUAAAGACAAUGUUCUUUACAUAGAUUAUACCAUUAUGGCAGACAA